GGUUUGGGGCAGUCAGAAUGGCUGCAAAGGAAGUCAAGAGAGGCGAGUGCUUUCUGUAAUAGUAUUGCCAUUUGUGCUGAUAUAGCUGCAGGGAUGAGUGUACCUCUGCUGGUUUGUCUUAGCGCUGUCGUGCUUCAGUGUGUGUCAGCUGGAGGUGUGUAUUGUGCUAAAACAGCGAGAGCCCGUGCAGCCGCCUUGGGAUUGGAUUAUCCUGGAGUCCAUGGGGCCCCUGGUCUCUAUGCACCAGCUUACGAAGAGAUGCAGCCUCGCACAAUGACUCAAACUUCCAAAAAUAAUGGACAUGAAGUGGCUGAAACUGGGCCUAACAUGGCCUCCUUUGUACAAUAUCAACCAGGAGUGAGAUCCCUCGAUGACAGUUUACAGAAAAAAGCUCCCCCCAGGAGUCUUGAAUCUACAUUUCUACUGAGCCAUGGCAUUUAUGAUCCAGAAUACCCCAAACUCCAAGGGCUUACCUUCCCCAGAGGACGGUCAGCUAUUAACCACAGGCCCAAUUUUGAGCAGGUCAAGCAUGUUGCCCCUGAAGCCCCAAGCCGGCCUGACCUUUUAAAUUUGAAUUCUCAAGGUCGCAGCGAGCCACCCUCAUUUGUCAACAAUGGGUAUGACCUUGUUGUUGAUGAGUCCGUCCCAAAUAGACGUGGCAUGUAUCUGAGUGGGCCACCCCUGCCUCGAAGCAAGGGUCGUGCCACUUACCAGAGGGGUGAUGGCCCUGGAGGAGAACUCCCUGUCCUUGGGUCAGCCGGAUUUCCCAACAAAAAGCCUGUCAGAGUGAAAACUAUCCAAAGUCCUGCUGUGGGUAAACAGAAGGGGAAGAGGUUUCCUGUCCGUUUUGUUCAACCUCUGCACAGAAGCAUUAAUUUCAAAAUGUUAAAUCAAGGUAUACCAAUUCUUAGACGCUCAUUAAAACCGAAAUCAAGUUAUUCAAUAAAAAGUAAUUGAGUUAAAGGGUCUGACACAGAGCAAGGCUGCCUUGUCAGAUAUGGUCUAUUUGAGGGGUUCUUUUAGUUAACGGGCAACCAGUUUGUGCACAGUGUUCAUCAUCUAUUUGUCUGUCUUUCUUUUACCUUUACCAAAAGAAGAAUUGUCCAACUGAUCCGUGUACGAGCUCCUGGAUGUCUCAACAAAGUUAUAUUAUACAAUAAACAUAAAACUAAAUUCCUUCUAA